GGAGGCGCAGCUGUUGACGAAGCAGCUUUCAGUAGGACAGAAAAACCCCAGAUUGAUCCAGACAGACGGACGCCAGAGUCCACUACCCCAAAGCAAGUAGUGAAGGAAGCGCUACAAGUAUCCUAUGAGCGCGCCUGCGCUUGGUAUAAGGAGGAAACCACUAUGAAGCAACCAGCUGAUCAGCAGGUACUGAUACAACAUAAGUACGUUGAUUACGGUAAUAACGAAGAGACAUCGGCAGGUGGUACUGAUACAAGAACAUUCGUUGAUUGUAAUGAUGAAGAAGCCGGAAUUGGCGUGGUGACUUUUUAGGAUAGUAUACGAAUGUAAGCAAAAACAUAGGAAUACUAUCAUGUAGAAACUUUUUUAUUUGAGCAGUAGUUGAAUUUCAAGCAGGCAAAAAAGACUGAUAGAUAAAGUCGUCAAGGUCAACCUUCCUAUUUUUACUUCUACUUCAGGUAGACAAAGAUGCGCUAAAGCUGUCCCCAGUAGCAACAGACUUCGAGAAUUAUCUGUUGGUGGCCGAAGACAUAAGAUGCAGCGACGAUUAUAAAAAUGGAGAAGAAAGUACUUUUUUCCUAUCAAAAGAUGAUAAGUACUCACUUGUCCUAUCGAUGUGAAGAUUUAAUGCUAGUAUUUGGAGGUCAUGGGGAUACUGAUAUCUGACAUAAGGUAGCCCUUCUUUACAUUCCAAAUCUGGAGACAUCGAUCGUUUCUUGACGACCAUCCCCCUUUUCUAUUUUUUUUUCACGAGCAUGAAAAUUUUUUUGAUUCUUGCACCCACCACUUGGACAUUGUAUUUGUCUAUCAUGAUCGUUCAAGUUGAUACCACGGUCAUUCAAAUUCAUUUUGCUUUCUCUCCACUAUCUUGCAGGUGUUUUCAAGCAGUUGGCGGGCUUCAUAGAUGAGAUCCACAAACGCGCUGUUCCAAGUGGCGCGGGUCCAAAGACUACUACUGCUGCUGCUGCCGCUGCCGCUCGCGAAGGCCCC